AUUUCUUUUCUGAAUUUAUUCUGCUUUAUACCUGCUUCUAGAUUUAACUGGUGUCUAUUGUAUUUAUCUUGGUGAGUGUAUGUGUCUCGUUGCUUUUUCUUCUCCAGUUUGUGGGGAGAUGUAACAAGUCUUUUCCUUCCCAUUUAUCAUUCUAAAGCUCAGCCUGGUGAUCGGUACGCCUGUGGAACGGCAUGUCUGAGUGGUGCAGCUGCACUAGUGCAAGUGUUGGUUACAUUUCAAAAACAUUGUACAGCUCAACAUUUCUGACAUGCUUAUUUGUUCUUUGCAGAAAAGAUACAGUUUGGCUGUUGGUCCUCCCAAAAAGGUUCCAAAAGUCAAGGGUGUCGAGUCUGCAGCAGUGCAAGCAUUUCUCAGACGGAAGGAAGAAGAAAAAAGAAAAAAAGAAUUGGAAGAAAAAAGAAAGAAAGAACAACUCUUGGCUAGACGUAUUGAACUGAAACAUGACAGGAAGGCAAGAGCUAUGGCCUCACGAACAAAGGAUAACUUUUAUGGCUAUAACGGCAUUCCUGUUGAAGAGAAGUCUAAAAAGAGGAGGACUUGUGAGAACGUUGCUCAGGCUCCAGAGACUGAGUAUGCAACAGAAGAUGAAGCUGAGCAACUUGAAUACGCUCAAACAGAAUCUGAGCACGAGCAAGAAGAAUAUGAUGAGAAACCAUCCAAAGCUGCUCUAAAACCAAAGGCACCUCCCAAAAGUGCACCUGCUCCUCUAAACUUUACAGAUCUUCUGAGGCUUGCUGAAAAAAAACAAUAUGAACCGGUAGAAAUAAAAGUAGUGAAAAAGAUAGAAGAAAGACCCAGAACAGCAGAAGAAUUGAGAGAAAGGGAGUAUUUGGAACGCAAAAAUAAAAGAGUAGAUAUGCAGAAAAAGAAAAAUGAGAAGGAGAUUAAGAAUACAGGAAUAUCCAGUUCUUCAAAAAAAGUGACUUCUCUGAAAGAAUGUGGAAAUGCAAAACUUAGCAAAAGCUCAGUAGAUAAACAUUCCUCUCCAAAAGGCAGCCUUUCUUCUAUGAGUGGUACUGAUAAGAAAUCCAAAGGACCAGCGUUGACUGAAAAGCACUCCCGGUCAUCAUCUUCCAGGCCAAGUCAAAUGGAAAAAGUAAAAACCUCUCAAAACGGUUCCUUAAAAAGCUCUUCUGGUAGCAGUCAUAGUAAAUUACCCGUCAAUGGCGUAGGGAAAUCUGGCUCAAGCUUUACUGGGCAAUCCUCAAAGCCAUUGGCCAAUGGGGCUCAGAGGCCACCCUCUGCUAAAGAAUCCAGCCUGAAAAGGCCUGCGCACAUGAAAAUGGGAAAUGCCACAGCCCUCCAACAUGAAGUCAACUCCAACGCAAAGCGAGCCAGCAGCAGCUUAGGAAAAGGAGGACCUGGGCAUCCAGGUGGCAGUUCAAGCGCAGGCCCGGGGCGAACAGGCAGCAAUUCUGGUGUGGGACCAGGAAGGCCAGGGAGUGGUUCAAGUCCAGGGCCUCGGCGGCUGGGCAGCAGCUCAGCUGCAGGACCGGGAAGGCCGGGUGGCAGCUCAGGCGUGGGACCUGGAAGGCCAGGUGGCAGCUCAGGCAUGGCCCUUGGGCGACCAGGGAGCAGCUCAGGUGCUGGACUGGGGCGGCCAGGCAGCAGCUCGGGCAGCGGGCCAGGAAGGCCGGGCAGCAGCACAAACGCAGGACCUGGGCGGCCAGGCAGCGGCAUGGGAACAGGACCAGGAAGGCCGGGAGUCGGCCCCAGCACGGGACCUGGGCGGCCGGGCAGCAGCUUGGGCACCGGACCAGGAAGGCCGGGGGUCAGCCCAAGCAUGGGACCUGGACGCCCAGGCAGCAGCUCGGGAACAGGACCAGGGAGGCCAGGAGUCAGCCCAAACCCAGCACCUGGGCGACCGGGCUUGGGUACAGCUGUAAAGCCUAAGUGUACUGUUGUGUCGGAAACGAUUUCUUCUAAAAACCUAGUCACAAGGCCUAGCAAUGGACAGAUAAAUGGAAUGAGACCUCUACAAGGGCAUAGACCCAUGUUUCGUUCACAAGGUACUGGGAGACCACCUAUUGGUUACAAAAGACAAAUAGACGACGACGAUGAUGACGAUGAAUACGACUCUGAAAUGGAUGAUUUCAUUGAAGAUGAAGGCGAACCCCAAGAAGAAAUAUCAAAGCAUAUUCGGGAGAUAUUUGGAUAUGACCGGAAAAGAUAUAAAGAUGAAAGUGAUUAUGCCUUACGUUAUAUGGAGAGCAGCUGGAGAGAGCAACAGAAAGAAGAAGCUAGGAGCUUGAGACUCGGUGUUCAGGAAGACCUAGAAGAAUUGAGACGGGAAGAGGAAGAACUAAAACGCAAGAGACAGUCUAAGAAGCUGAGGACACGUUAACUGACUUAUGGUGUUGACUUCUUUCAUUUUUCUGCUACCCUCUGCCUCCAUACAUCUCUUAUUCUACUUCAGUUUCCAUUUGCUUGUUAGAUGGCAAAAGAAUAUGUUAAAGGGAUGAAAGAACUGAAAAAUAAAGGCUUUAGUUUGACUUAAAUAAGAUAUUUAUUUUUAAUACUGCCAGGGUUGAUUUUUUUUCUAUGAAGAAAUUAAUGCACUAAUGCAUAUUAUUAAGUAGAAGAAAAUUAAUUUCCAUUGAUUAAAUCAGUUCAAGAUGCCAGCAGAAAUAUUGACUAGCUAUGCACUGACUUGGAACUGUGUGGGCCCAUAUACAAGUAAACCAAUUUUGCAUUCACUUGAAAGGAAGGAAUACCAUUCUUGUUCCCUGAUAUUAUUAUUAUUAUUAUUUUUUUUUUUUUGAGAUUUAGAGAAACUGCUUUAUAUCCUGCUUUGUCUCCUCAAAGUAUUGAAAUGUUACCUUCUGUACAGAAGCAGCUUGGGUGUAAAUUCAGCCAUUGCCACAAAUGUUCAAAGCAAUAAAGUGCUUUAUACUUUCUGAUGACCCAUAAACAAUAACUAAACUAGCACCCUCUUAUUUCUGAACAGGAAAGUGCACGUCACUUGCAAAAAUUGCACAGUUACGGUUGCAACCCAAAGGUUAGGCUGGCUUUUGCUGUGUCUGGAAUUUCAAUGCCAAGCAAAUUCAGUAUGAUAAAUACACAUCCCAAAAAUAAAAAUUUCUAGUGUUUGUAUGUAACCUGUGCUUUUGUGCUCAAGCACAUGCUUGGGAGUUCCCUUCCUUCCCUGUCAAUCUUCACAUUUGUCUAAGAGCUUCUGCUGCUUCUACAAGUUGUGUGCAGUGCUUGUGGUUUUUUCUUGCAUUAAGCAUCAGGUGUGUUUAGUGAUUUGAAUCGUGGAGCAGUUAUUUAUCUAAUCAGGUUUGCUAUUUGGAAAGCAUACUUCCAAAGUAUUUUCAGCUCUCUGAAAUUAAUAACUUCAUACUAACUAUUGAGUACUUCUGAUUAAUUUAAUCAAGCCAAAAAUCUAAAAUGCAUGUCAGGAGAGUUGGUUCUGUUACCUAAUGCCCGUAUUUGCACAUUAUUUCUAGCUAUGCACUUAAAGACUGUAACUGAAUUUUACUAUCAAUGCCAGGUUCAUUUAAGUCAUUAGGGCUUGUAUUUGAGAGUCUGAAAAUCAAACCUGGUGUUGCAGCUACUUUGAUUCCCAUGGAUGCCCUUCCAAAGCUCACCAGUAUCACCACUCAGCUUUGCCUCAAGCUCUAAGACUUCAUUGAUAAAGACCUCCGCUUUAGCUGCUGAGGCUAUGUUGUAAUACUAGAAGCAUUUAGAAAAGUAUGAAAAGGGUUUUGGGGUGUAUGCUGGGGAAAAAAAUAAAUAAAAUAAAAAGGAAAAAUCACAGAGUAGAAAAUUAGUGAAGGAACCUUUCCUACCAGAGCGCUGUUUAAGUGUUCUUCCUGGAAAGAGUUCAGACAGCAACCCGUAAGGAACAAUCUUGGAAGCUGCUGAAGUUUACACAUCUGACUCUUAAUGAGAGAAAAAACAAUUUGCCUUUUUAAGACAUUUUCUGUUGAUGGUGUAGCAUUUCACUGCCUUAGCAAAACACUGACAUAAGCUAUUGGGAUGGAUUCUAUAAACUAAUUCAGUAUUAGCUGUCAGGGAGCCCAGAUGAUCACCAUCAUUGCUCCUCUGUAUUUUUAACUCUCUAACAAA